AUGGACAAGUCAUCUGCCGUCACAGACGGCCCCUCCGGCGUCGGUCGUGCUGCCCAUAACAUGGCUGACAGACGGCGUUCCAACACACCCGACCCUUCUGCAACGUCCUCAAGCGCAUCGAAGCAGUCUUCCGCCAACAAUUCCAUAGGCCCGUCGCCCUUGGCCUCGAGAGAUUCUUCCCCCACGCGGCGCCCUCGAAGAACCGUCUCGGCAAACCGGUUGACUGGUACUCGAUCUCGAAAAAACAGUCAGACCGAUAACAGUCCUUCGCGCCAGAAACGACCCAACCCAUCAGCUGCCACACCAUUACGCUCACUGUCUUCGACAGCCACACCCACACUCCUGCUUUCCCAGGAACAACAACAGCAACAAAUCCAAGCUCCGACACCUCUGAAGCCAAACUUCAACGCAGACCUCAAGGAUAGCCCGCGAUGGCCUAUAUCGCCCCGUUUGCGAUCGCCACCUCCCCAGUUUAGUACUAGGCCAUCAGUGCCUGCUCGUCACAGCGACCAGGAGCUCCCUUCUAUCAGCGUGCAGCGACCUACGCCGUCACCGCAGCCGCCCAUGGAGAACCAGACAGCAUCGGAGAGUGAAAUGGAGGAAGCAUAUCCCUCUGGCAUGCGCACUCCUGCCAGAGGGCCGUUGGAGACUGUCCAAGAGGUCAGCUUGCCAAACUCGCCCAAUCCUCCCAGUGGUAGUGCUCUGGUGGAAAAGUUGAAAGAGAAGCUAUCAAACCCGGAGAAUUAUUCCGAUACCGCGCUUGUUGAUGGAAGGACUUUGCGGGCCAGGACCAGCUUAAUAGGCCAGGAGAGUGGCAGCGAUAACAACAAGAAUGAGGCGCGAAGACCAACAUCUGUCCCUCCGCCCAUGAUUACUCGACAAUCUAGUGCUUUGUCGAAUAAGCAAAUGAAGUCUAAGCAGGAUGGUUCUAUACAGACCAUGACAGUAGAGACCGAGACUGUCCCAAGCGUACCACAGGUUGCGCUCACUACCACCCAGAAGGCUGAAGCAUCUACUGGAACCCUCAAGACCAAACAGAGUACCGAGACAAUCAAGCCCAAGAAGGAUAAGAAAAAGACCUCACGUAAACAGCCUGCUGUUAACGCAGGGAAUGCAUCUUCCAAAGCUGAUGUCUUCGAGGCAACUAUCGCAAGUGCUGUUGAUGAGGCUAAUACAUCGGAUUCUGAAGAGACCUUUGUUUAUGAUUCCAACCCUCCUGACAACAACGAUCGAGCUGGACGACGUUUCCAUUCGCGAACUCCUAGCGCCACAUCGAUGGCUAGCCAGGCUGAUCGCCAAAACUUGCGAUCCAUAUACGGUAUCAUGGAGAACGGUGGUCCUUCACAUGGGCCUAAGAAGACGAUGAAAUUCGUCAACACCUUCAACCCGAACGGAAAUGAAACCUUGACAGUCGAGGCCGAGGACGGUAAGGGUUCUAAUCGUAGUGGCGGCAGUGGCUCGACACGAGGUACUGCGAGACACCAUCAUCAUAUUGGUCGCUGGGGUCGGCAGCCUGGCAACGGCCACGCCUCGCUCUUUGACAACGAAUCCCCAUUCCCGAAUGCCGCAAGAUCGAAGCUUGCCAGCAACAACUCACGCCAUUCUUCAGGACCACCAAGUCCCCGUCAAGCUCACUCCAACCGCAACUUCGGUCAUAAACGCUCCGCUAUGCAGAUGUCGUCUAGUUACGAUAUGGAUGACACAACAGGUGCCGACGAUGAGCGUACACCUCUUAUCGGCUCGGUCCGCUCGGGUCGUUCAGGCCGAAAUCGCCGUGGACCACACAACCUCCGACAGGCUGAAUCACAGACAUUCGCAAGGCGGUCGUCAUACCUGAAUCGGUUCGCAGCAUGCUUGGUUCUCACCAUGAUGUUCAUGCUUGUGAUCACCGGCGCGAUCGGCUUCAUGUUUGCGACUUCACAGCCAAUGACGGGCAUCGAAAUCAUUGCCAUACACAACGUGGUGACCAGUGACCAAGUCUUGAUGUUCGAUUUGACUGUCAAAGCACACAACCCAAACAUCGUUGUCGUUACGAUUGACCACGCGAACUUGGAGGUAUUUGCGAAAUCGGAUUAUACAGGGACCGAUUCAGAUUGGUGGGCUCGGCCGUUCCCUCAUGGCCCAGAUGAUAUUCGAAUAAACGAUGACCCGGAGAACGAUCCUCCAUUAGAAGAUCCCGAUCCCGACGAUGACCUCCGACCUAACGUUCUUCUGGGUCGUAUUUUUGAAUUCGACAGUCCACUGACGUUUGAGGGGUCCCUGUUUCAUCAGGGAACGUCUUCCUCGACUGGGCAGAUGCAAUUACAAUAUCCCCUUAACAGCACAGUAGGGGGAGCAAGACGAUGGGAACGAAUUUAUCAGAAUGAGUUUGAUUUGAUCGUUAAGGGCGUGGUCAAGUACACUCUUCCCAUGAGCGCCCGCAUUCGCAGCGCCACGGUAUCUGGGAGGAAGGCAGUCAGCCCAAACUCUUCGAACGAUCCAUCGAACAGCACCAAUGUUGAUUUUUCAACUUAG